AUGUCGUCCACCAAAGAGCUCAACAUCGUCGUCCUCGGCGCCUCCUGGGCCGGCCUGGGCGCCACGCACUACAUCAUGAAGCACGUUCUGCCCACUCUGCCUACCCGCAACGGCGAGAAGUACCACGUCUACUUGGUUAGCCCGUCGAGCGACUUCUUCUUCCGCGUCGCCAGCCCGCGCGCCGUCGCCUCGUCGCAGCUCAUGCCGCACUCCAAGUUCUUCUUCCCCAUCGAGCCCGGUCUCAAGCAGUACGACAGCAGCAAGUUGACCUUCCUCAUCGGCGCCGCCACCGCCUGGGACACGGCCGCCCGCACCAUCACCGUCAACUCCUCCGCCGACGGCCGGGAGCAGAGCCUGCCAUACCACGCCCUGAUCGUCGCGACGGGCACGCGUGCCCCCAGCCCGCUCUUCAGCCUGCAGCACGGCGGCUCCGAGGAGACAAAGAACGCCCUCUUGGCCGCCGAGGAGCGCCUCAAGACGGCCAAGAGCGUCUUCGUCGGCGGCGGCGGCCCCGUGGGCGUCGAGACGGCCGGCGAGAUCGGCGAGGCCCUGAACGGCAGCCCCGGCUGGUUCGCCUCGGGCCCGCCCAAGAACCAGAAGGUCGUCAUCACCGUCUCGACCGACAAGGCCAAGAUCCUGCCCGUGCUGCGCCCCGCCCUGGCGGAGAAGGCGGAGCGUUUCCUCGCUCGCGUCGGUGUCACGGUCAAGAAGAAUGCGCGUGUUGAGAGCACCGAGGUCAACAAGGAUGGCACCACCAAUGUCACUCUCAGCACCGGCGAGGUCCUCACCGUCGACGUCUACAUCCCUGCGACUGGCGUUACGCCCAACACUGAGUUCGUGCCGAAGAACCUCCUGAACGAGAGGGGCUACAUCCAGACGAACAGCACCACUCUCCGCGUCGACGAGGCCGGCCCGCGUGUCUUCGCGCUGGGCGACGUCGGCAACUACACCCGUGGCGGUAUCAUGGACUUGGACAGCUCGACGCCCGUCGUCAUGACCAACCUCUCCCGCGACCUCCACGCCUUCGCCGAAGCCGGCGGCGAGAAGCUGGACGCCAAGCCCAAGGGCCCCGACCGCGAGUACAAGCCCAACUUGAAGGAGACGCAGCUCGUCCCAAUCGGCCAGAGCAAGGGUGUUGGCUCCAUCUUCGGCUGGAAGCUGCCUAGCAUCUUCGUCUGGUUGAUCAAGGGUAGGGAGUACUUCACCAACAUGGGCCCGCCGCUGGUGGAUGGCUCGAAGUGGAAGAAGGAGAGCAGCUGGAAGGCUAAGGAGGUGUAG